AUGGACGAGAUAUACCAUGAUUCCAUGGCAAUCACCAGGUACAACCAUCACCCAGAUAUUUUUCUAACUAUGAUAGCGAACCCCAAUUGGGAAGAAAUAAGGGGUUCUUUGUUCCAGCACCAGCAUCCACACGAAAGGCCUGAUAUAGUAGCUAGAAUGUUUGAGCUGAAGCGUAAGGCACUAAUGGAUGAGAUACAACAAAAUAAGGUAAUCGGGACAACGGUGACACAUGUAUACACAAUCGAGUUUCAGAAGAGAGGGUUGCCCCACAUGCACGCGCUGAUUUUCUUAGACAAGGCUGAUAAGAUCCACACGCCAGAGAAGGUGGAUAAUAUAGUAUGCGCAGAAUUCCCGGAUGAGGUAGAUGAUCCUCUUCUCUUUAAGACCAUCCAAAAAUGUAUGGUCCAUGGACCGUGUGGUUCAAGGAAACCAGAUGCAUUAUGCAUGAAUGAGGGUAAGUGCGCAAAGAAGUAUCCCAAACAGUAUUCAACAUCCACUUCAUUGCCUGACGAAGGGUAUCCGAUCUACAGACGACGUAAUGAUGGACGAGUAUUUCGCUAUUGA